AUGAGUGCACCUCUCCUCAACCCAGAUCUAUCUUCUAUGCAGUUCAAAGCGGAGAUUGGAAGCUCGCCGGCCUCGUCAAUCUUUGAGAUAGAGCAUCAUGGCAACCGCUAUGCGUUGAAGGUGUUCCAUGACCAUGGUGAUCCCGGAUUUUCAGAAGAUGGUCGCGACCUCAACCGCUUCCGUAACGAAGCCAAGGCCUAUAGCAAUCUUCAUUCCUUUGGCGUCUGUAACAGCGGCCUUGUCCCCAAAUACUAUGGAUCCAUUGAUCGGAUUGAUCCCUCCUGUCACCAACCAUGGCUCAUCAGUUUCUUGGAUGACAAGUUCCAUCCCAGCGCCAUCUUACUGGAAUACCUGGAAGGGUCCGAGCCCCUAAAUUGCGUUAACUACUCGAAAGAGCGCCUAUCUAAGGCGAUGGAAGCACUUGUCCAAGUGCACAGCGCCUUGAUCGUCCACAAUGAUCUUUAUCCCAAAAACAUACUCAUCGAGGAAGAUCAACAGGAGGGCCUCCCUCCCAACACAAAGUAUUACUAG